AUGUCUCGUUACGCAAAAGAUCAACCCAGCGGUUUGAAGAAUACGACCGAGAGAGUUGCUAUAGUUGGAGCAGCCGGCACCAUUGGAGCAUACAUCACAGCUGCUCUUCUUCAGACGGGAAACCACACUAUCACGGCACUCACUCGCGAGAAUAGUACCAACAUACUCCCCAACGGCGUCAUUGCCGCAUAUAUUGACUAUAAUGAUGAAUCCAGCAUUGUAUCUGCCCUCAAGGACCAGCAGUUUCUUAUUAUCACCAUGGCUCCUACCGCACCUCGAGAUACCCAUAGAAAACUUGUUCAAGCAGCCGCCAAGGCCGGCGUACCUCUUGCUGGCGGAGAGCAACGCUUCGGCUUCGAUUUAGAUAAUCGCUCUGUCACUUUCUACGAUGAUGGGACAACCAAGAACUCUACUUCAACUUUGUCACAAGUUGGAAGAGCAGUGGCAAAGAUUCUCAGCCUGAAGGAGCUCCCUGUCAACGAAGAAGACAACAGUCUUACCUUCUCGAGCUUUCUGAACAAGCCUGUCAAUAUCAAGAGCUUUACGAUCAGCCAAAAGGACAUGUUCGAAAGCGUCAAGCGAGUGACUGGUACUUCUGAUGCUGACUGGAUCAUCACCUACGAAUCAACCAAAAAGCGAUAUGAAGAGGGUAUGAGCCUAGUCAAGAGCGGUAACAUGGUUGGGUUUAGUAAGCUGCUUUAUGCGAGAGCUUUCUUCCCUGAAGAUCCCAGUGAUCUCUCGGCAAAAUCACAAAAUGACUUACUUGGUUUACCAGAGGAGAGCUUAGGUGACGCUACGAAGGCUGGGAUUGAUCUGGUCAAGGUUUUGAAAGGUCUUACUGAGAGGAUGGCGUCCUGA